CUUAAACUUUUCACAGAUGCAAACCAGGCCCUCCGUCUCUGUCUGGGAAGCACUGCGGUCGGUGCACAAUAUGGCGCUGUUUCAGCAUUAAGCAUCAACAAUGACUGUUCCAGGCUUCUCUGUGGCUUUGCAAAAGGACAGAUUACGAUGUGGGAUCUGGCCAGUGGGAAGCUCCUGCGAUCUAUAACUGAUGCCCACCCACCUGGCACAGCCAUUCUGCACAUCAAGUUUACAGAUGACCCAACUCUUGCAAUCUGCAAUGACAGUGGAGGAUCUGUAUUUGAGCUGACUUUCAAGCGAGUAAUGGGAGUGAGAAGCUGUGAAUCCAGAUGUCUGUUCAGUGGAUCCAAGGGAGAAGUUUGCUGUAUUGAGCCAUUGCACACAAAAGCUGAACUGAAAGAUCACCCUAUUGCCCAGUACUCUUUAUUGGCCAUGGCAUCCUUGACUAAGAUACUGGUAAUUGGCUUGAAGCCAUCUCUGAAAGUUUGGAUGACUUUUCCUUAUGGACGAAUGGAUCCUUCCAGUGUCCCACUUUUAGCAUGGCAUUUUGUGGUUCUACAGGGAGCUUUGAACCCCAUGCUGGCAUUCUGCAGAGGGGAUGUGGUGCAUUUUCUCUUGGUGAAGAGAGAUGAGUCUGGAGCAAUUCAUAUAAACAAGCAGAAGCAACUUCACUUACACUAUGAUCUUAUCAACUUCACAUGGAUUAAUGCACGCACCCUGGCUCUUCUGGAUAGUGCUGAGAAACUCCAUGUGAUUGACAGGCAGACACAGGAGGAGCUGGAGACUCUUGAGAUUUCUGAUUUCCAGCUUGUGUACAACAGCAGCCACUUCAAAUCUUUGGCCACCGGGGGUAAUGUGAGCCAGGCAUUGGCUCUAGUAGGAGAAAAAGCUUGCUAUCAGUCAAUCAGCAGUUAUGGAGGACAGAUAUUCUACCUCGGAACUAAGUCAGUACAUGCAAUGAUGCUCAGGAACUGGCGAGAGAGAGUUGAUCAUCUGCUGAAACAAGACUGUUACAACGAAGCCUUGGCUUUAGCGUGGUCAUUUCAUGAAGGCAAGGCAAAAGCUGUUGUGGGUCUUUCAGGGGACCCCAAGAAAAGGAAGAGUGUUGUGGCUGAUAAGAUUGUUGAAAUCUUGCUGCAGUACACUGACAAAGCAUUGAGGAAAUGUCCAGAGCAAGGCAAAAUCCAGGUCAUGGAACAGCAUUUCCAGGAUACAGUACCAGUCUUAGUUGAUUAUUGCCUGCUUCUGCAACGCACGGAUAUCCUCUUUAGUCAGAUGUAUGACAAGCUCUGUGAGAACUGUGUAGCUAAAGGAGUAUUCUUGGAGUGUUUAGAGCCUUAUCUUCUCCGGGACCAACUACCUGGUCUUACUACCCAUGUCAUGAAGGAUCUGCUGCUCCAUUUUCAGGAUCGGGGCUUGAUGGAAAGUUUGGAGGCUUGUAUAGUGCAUAUGGACAUCACCAGCCUUGAUAUACAGCAGAUUGUUCAAAUGUGCUGGGAACACAGGCUGUAUGACGCAAUGAUCUAUGUGUACAAUAGUGGGACAAAUGAUUUUAUAAGCCCAAUGGAGAAAUUGUUCAAGUCCAUUUCUGCACCAAUUGGCUCUGGGAAAUCUUUGACAGAUGAGCAAGUUGUUAUGGGAAACAAGCUUCUUGUGUAUAUUAGCUCAAGUUUGGCUGGGCGAGCAUAUCCUUUAGGUGACAUUCCAGAAGACCUCGUCCCACAAGUGAAAAACCAGGUUUUUGAGUUCCUAAUACGUUUGCAUUCUCCAGAGGCACCCUGUGAAGAAGAGGUGUACCCCUACAUCAGGACACUGUUGCACUUUGACACAAGAGAGUUCCUUAAUGUUUUGGCACUGACAUUCGAAGAUUUUACUAAUGACAAGCAAGCAAUAGAACACCAGCAGCGGAUCGUUGAUAUUCUGUUAAAGGUUAUGGUAGAGAACUCCGACUUUACUCCUUCCCAGGUGGGCUGUCUCUUCACAUUUCUUGCCCGGCAGCUCGCUAAACCAGAUAAUACUCUGUUUGUCAACCGAAUGCUGUUUGACCAGGUCCUAGAAUUUCUGUGCAGUCCAGAUGAUGAUUCCAGACAUUCAGAAAGACAGCAGGUUCUGCUUGAGCUACUUCAUGCUGGAGGAGUAGUUCAGUUUGAGGAGAACAGACUGAUCCAGCUAGCAGAACGAGCUCAGUUCUAUCAGAUCUGUGAGUUUAUGUACGAGAGAAAGCACCUAUAUGACAAAAUUAUAGACUGCUAUUUACAAGACCCAAUGAGAAAGCAAGAAAUCUUUAAUUAUAUUCACAACAUUCUUUCAAUCCCGGGCUACAGUCCUGAGGAAAAACAAGCAACAUGGGACAAAGCUAUGAAACAUAUGGAGGAGCUGGUGGCACUAAGUCCAAGUAAAGCGGCUGACCUAGUAUGCACUCACUUUAGUGAGCAGCUGAAUGAGGUCCUUGAAAAGCUCCAGGUAAUGCACUCCUUAACAAAAGUGUUUGAUUUCCACUAUCACUUAAGGGAUGGCGUGCCGUUAAAUCCAGAGCUUCUGCAGAAUCAGCCUCACAUUACAGAGCUUUUCAUAGACCUGAUGUGUCAUUAUGAUCCUGGCCAUGUGACUUCAAUGCUGCAGAUCCUGGAGCAUUACAGAUUAGAAGAGACCAUUCAGAUUGCACAAAAGCAUAAUAACCAUGAAACCUUGGCUUACCUCUUGGAGAAAAAGGGAGAUAUCCAGGCAGCUUUUGAUGUUAUGCUUACGAGGCUGCAGGAGAGACUUUCAGCACUAACUACAGAUGUUGUUGAUGGAGGUGAUGAGAUAAGGGAAACCGCCAUCUUAAAAGAUGUGAAGGAAACUUUAUCAGAAACAAUUUUAUUGUGUGAAAGGACAUCUCGUACACUUAACCAGCAACAAAGAGAGGCACUAUGGUUUCCUCUCCUUGAAGCAAUGAUGUCUCCACAGAAGCUAUUAAGUUCUUCUUCUUCUCAGUUAUAUUUGGAGUCUUUAAAGAAUCUUACAAUGGAUGUCCUCAACAGCAUGGCAGCUUAUAUCUCUCUUCCAUCCAUACUCCAGAGGAUAUUGCAGGAUCCUGUGUAUGGAAAAGGAAAGUUGGGAGAAAUCCAAGGCUUGGUCUUAGGAAUGCUUGACACCUUUAGCUAUGAGCAGACCCUGCUGGAAACCACCACAAGCUUGCUGAACCAGGACUUACACUGGUCUCUGCGUAACCUCAAAGCUUCUGUUACUAAAGCUCUUGCCCCAAAACAGGACCACUGCUGCAUCUGCCUUCAGCAGUACAAGAAGAGACAAGAGGGUGCAGAUGAGAUCCUCAUUUUCAGCUGUGGACAUGUAUACCACUCCCUCUGCCUGAUGGGAAAGCAUUGUAAAGUAGAAGCUGGUGAACAGAGUCACUGGAUCUGUUACCGAUGUCAUUCAAGUAGUAAAGGUCGGACGGGUUGCCAGUCGGUGGCUGAAAUGAAAAGAGGGAGAACAGCAUCUUUAGUCCAGGUAAGA